AUYUGAAAUCUACUUGUUAUGUGUGCUAAUCCAAAGUCAAUAUCUAAAUGAGACUCCCUUGGUGACAAUAUACCUUUGAUUUGAGAAAAUACAGAGACAAGAACUGUCACGUGAUUACGAACAUUAUCAAAAUGCAUUGAAAAGCUUAGGUCAAUCUUCAUCACAGGCCUUCAACAUGGAUCUCAUUCCAGAGCCGUUGUCUAUCUAUAUUUCCAUAGGGUUGAUCUCUCUGCUUUGYCUUCUAUGGCUAAUUGGGAUAUGUUGCUGCAAAGGACCUUGUAGGGAUUUUAAAAAACCGGUGCCAUCGACAUUUGAAGCUCAUCUCAACCCAGCAAUGAGACAUUCAACGCUGAAGUACGAUCAGUAUUAUUAUAAAUUACUGAGUGGCAUUCGUCAACCAAGAAACACCAGCACACCACGUGAUCAGCGAAAAACGCAUGCGCAAAACGAAGACUCUCCUUACCUCGUACCCACUCCUCUYGCYGGACUAAAAGGUGACCAAAUUCCAUUGCGUAGYACUGGGUACGAGAACGAUGAACGUAGCUGUUCUGUUGACAGCGUAUUCUCUCAGGACCAGGACACCUCGGACGAAAUGCACAAGAUUCCUACUAUUUUAGUUACCUCUGGAACGAGYUCGGAUACCGGGACUCAGAUUGGAACCGACGAAUCACGAAAAUCAAGCGACAAUUCGRAYWCCGCUGGCCAAAGUAGGGUCUAAUCAGCUGUGGUACACUCAGGUCCCUAAYWAGCAAGGUCUCUUACGCCUGCAGCAGUGAUUAUGUUCCGUUUAGGGGCCAAUGAAUGAUGCUCCUUAAGGCCCCUAAUUUGAUACAUCUGAAUUGAUUAUGUUUCAUUUGGGGACCAAUGAAUAAUGCGCCUUAAAGUCCCUAAGAUCAAAUAAGGWGCUUGGUUAUUACUGAAUWGAUUCGCUUGGCAUGCAACUGAUGAGUAAAACGUCUCUAGAAGAGAUGCCUUGGGAUGUUCAAUUGCAUUUGUAAAUCUUCGUGUAGAAAUAUUUGAAAGYUUCUGUUGAAGCGAGCUGGCUCCGUCGUAACUCCCCCAUCCAUAAACAAUAAUAAGAGCAAAUCACCUGGACAACAACAAUAGCUCAACAGUUUGCAAAGGUUCUCUAAGCACUGAAGUAAUUUAGAGUGAAUCAGACAGAACGAUAAACAUAUCGACUUUUCUUGAGCACUACAAGACAUUGACUGCAGGACUGAGACGUUUUCCGUAAUCUGACAAGGCCCAGUUAUGCACCAUUAUGCUUUGGGAGCCGCGAGGGCCAGGAGGCGGCCAUUUUCAGUUUUUCACUUUUCUAAGCACUUUAUAU